AUGGCUACGAAGCCCAUCAGUGUGGGAGAGGAAGAAAAUGAAACUCAAGAGCCUCUUGCUUCGGUAUUACCCACCAGCUCCUCUCAGAUCCACCCACUCCUCAACGUCAUGCCUGUCCAUAAACUCUUGAGUGUGGCCCUGGGGCAUGGAAUUAUGCUGGAAUAUGAAAAAGGUGGAGAACUAAAGACCAAAUCCAUAGAUUUGCUUGAGCUCAGUCCUAGUACUGAUGUCAACACCCUAGUAGAAGAGAUCCAGAAAGCGGAGCCUCUGAUCACGGUGUCCAGGGCACAGCAAGUCAGACUCCUGGUCCAGCGGCUGCAGGAGAAACUCAGGCAGCAUUGUGACCACAGCUUCUACCUGUUCAAGGUUCUCAGAGCACACAUCUUGCCAUUGACCAAUGUGGCUCUCAACAAAGCAGGCUCGUGCUUCAUCACAGGAAGUUAUGAUCGGACAUGCAAGGUGUGGGACACUGCAUCUGGAGAGGAGCUGCACACCCUGGAGGGCCACAGGAACGUGGUUUAUGCCAUAGCCUUCAACAAUCCUUACGGGUAUGUUCAUGUCAUCCCUUCACUUCUUAGUCACUCACGUGUUCAUCCCACCACCUACUGG